AUGGCUCUUCUGAUGCGGUCUCCGCUUCUUUUUUACCUAUUUUGGGCCGUAUCAGCUGGUCCCAUCGAUGAAUGGAGUCGAUACCAUAACCAUGAGCAAAUGGUUGAGAAGCUUGAGCAAAUCAACCAAAAAUGCCCUGAGAUCACAAGCCUUUACUCAAUCGGAAAAUCGGUUGAAGGCCGCGACCUGGCCGUCAUCCAUUUCUCAACAACCCCUGGAGAACAUAUUGCUCUUAAGCCUGAAAUGAAAUAUAUUGGAAAUAUGCAUGGAAACGAAGCCAUCGGACGUGAAUUAUUAAUCCGAUUAGCCGAUUCACUGUGCGAAGGAGUUCAUAAUAAGGAUAAAGAAAUUAUUCAACUUCUCAACUCAACUUCUAUUCAUAUAAUGCCAACCAUGAAUCCUGAUGGAUUUGAAAUGGCACUGAACACGGAUGCUUCAUCUCGAUCAUGGCUUACUGGACGAUCAAAUGCUAACGGUGUUGAUUUGAAUAGAGAUUUUCCCGAUCUUGACCGAGUCUUUUACUUCUUGAAACAAAUGGAAAUUCCUAAAUUUGACCAUUUAAUGGAUCUCAUUGCUGAAGAUGAAGGCGAUCUCGAGCGACAACCUGAAACAAUUGCUGUUCUCAGCUGGGUGAUGAAGUUGCCAUUCGUUUUGUCCGCUAACUUGCACGAAGGAGAUUUGGUUGCCAACUAUCCAUUUGAUUCCAACUACGCCAAAGAUUAUUCGGAAGUUAGCGAAUACUCUGCUUCUCCCGACGAUGGAACAUUCCGUUGGUUGGCUGAAACUUAUGCCCAAAACACUGCUCACAUGGCAAAGAAUGAUCAUCCACCAUGCGAUGGAAGCAGUAAUGAUGCUUUUGCUCGUCAAGGAGGAAUCACCAACGGCGCCAAAUGGUAUGCCGUCAGUGGAGGAAUGCAAGAUUUCAACUACUUGGCUUCUAACUCAUUCGAAAUCACUGUUGAGCUCAGUUGCGAAAAGAUGCCAGCUGGAGCAACAUUGCCUCAAUACUGGAAAGAUAACCAGAAAGCUCUGAUGGAGUACAUGUUCAAGGUACAUUCCGGAAUUAAAGGAGUUAUUGUUGAUGCUGAAACAUUCGAGCCAAUCCCUGAUGCUGGAAUUUGGAUAAAGAACAAGACCGAAGUUGUUGCUCAUCCCGUCACAAGCUGGAUCAAUGGAGAUUACUACCGUAUCUUGCCCGAAGGAACAUAUGAAGUUCAAGUUAUGGCUAAGGGAUAUGAACCACAAGCUCAGAACGUUACCAUAACCAACAAAGCUCGUGACACCGCCCAAAUUGUUAACUUCUCCUUGAAGCCAGUUGCUGAUCCAAUUGCUGUUCAACAAUUGGAUGAUAUUGUUUCCGAAUUGAAUGAAAUGUAUGAUCAACCUCAACAACUAGAUGAAUAA